AUAUUACAUCGACCAAUUGUAUAGUGAAUAAAACAAAAGGAUAAAAAUAGAAUGUAAAAGUUUCGGUGACAGAGACGAUCCGAGGUUGAUUAAUCACCAUGUCCGACAUAGUGAACGAUGCCUGGAAGAAAUAUCUCCUGCAGCUUCAGCUUCAUCCUCUAAGAACCAAGGCAAUUACUGCAUCACUUCUAGCUGGUUUUAGUGAUGCUGUGGCACAGAAAAUAUAUGGAGCUAAGAAGCUUCAACUCAGAAGGAUUCUUCUUUUCAUGCUAUAUGGUUUUGCUUAUUCUGGACCCUUUGGACAUUUUCUUCACAAAUUGAUGGAUACACUUUUCAAGGGGAAGAAGGGCAAUGAAACUGUUACUAAGAAGGUGAUUCUUGAACAAAUAACUAGUGCUCCAUGGAACAACUUUGUCUUCAUGAUGUAUUAUGGAUUGGUCAUAGAAGGAAGACCUUGGAAUCUAGUAAUGAACAAAGUGAAAAACGACUACCCUUCUGUCCAAAUGACCGCGUGGAAGUUUUGGCCUGUCGUUGGUUGGGUGAAUUAUCAGUAUAUGCCUUUGCAGUUCCGUGUUUUAUUUCACAGCUUUGUUGCUUCAUGCUGGGGAAUCUUUCUGAAUCUGAAAGCAAGAUCUGGUGCUAUCAAGAAAGCCUAGGACAUAAUAGUCAUCAUAUUUUUGGGGUGGGGAAUCUCAAUAUUUGUUAAUUAUAUGGGAUCAUCCGUGAUAAUUUAUAGGCCAUAUCAAGUUAGACUAUUCUUACUUAUAGUGAAAAUAUGAGUUAUUGGUUUA